GUAAUGGUGUAAAGUUCAAAAUUUACUUUUGUAGUUCAUUUGAGUGUUUACUCAACCAGAAGUGAAGCCAUAUGAGUUUGUUCAAGAAGCGUAAAGAUCAUAGACAAAGAGAUAAUGAUAUUUGGGAGAAAAACAGGCUUCAAACAGCCGGUACGAUCCAAAAAGGCGAUCUAGAUCUGGAUUUUGAGGAUACUUCAGAACCAACAGUUCAACUAUCAACACAUCAUUUGACACCUCCUUUCCUUACAGGAACCAAUGUUUUCACAACCCAAAGAGAUCCAAUAUCGCCUGUUAGAGACCCUCAGAGUGAUAUUGCCAUAGCAGCUAAAAGAGGAAGCGCCUUGGUUCAACAGCGAAGACAACAAAGAGAACGGAAAAGCAAGGCGAAAGAUGCAGCUAGUUUAGUUGGAUCGGUUAUUGGUGAAGUUCUUGGGGUUGAUCAACAAAAGAAUCAAUCAGAUGUUAAUAAAAAUAGUAAAUUUAAUAACCUGCCCAAAGAGAAUGGUAAUGGUGAUGACGUUGAGGCAGAGAUUGGAACUAAACUUUCAAUAGAGGAGCAGAGGAAAACAUUACCAGCAUAUGCUGCAAGAGAUGAUGUACUCAAAAUGAUACGAGAUAACCAAGUGGUUAUUGUUAUCGGUGAAACAGGUUCUGGUAAAACUACUCAGCUUACUCAGUUUUUAAAUGAAGAUGGAUAUGGAAGAUUAGGUAUGAUUGGAUGUACCCAACCAAGAAGGGUUGCUGCUGUCAGUGUUGCCAAUCGUGUUGCUGAAGAAAUGAAUGUCAAAGUUGGUGAAGAAGUUGGUUAUGUUGUUCGUUUCGAAGAUGUCACUUCUCCGAAAACCAUCAUCAAAUAUAUGACUGAUGGUAUUUUACUAAGAGAAACAUUAGUUGAUUCUGACCUUGAAAAAUAUUCUUGUAUCAUAAUGGAUGAAGCACAUGAAAGAACAUUAAGUACUGAUGUUUUAAUGGGGUUAUUCAAAAACUUGUUGGCUAGAAGACGAAAUUUGAAAUUGAUUAUCACAUCUGCUACCAUGAAUGCUGAUAGAUUUUCAAGAUUUUUUGGAGAUGCUCCACAAUUUACAAUCCCUGGAAGAACAUUCCCAGUGGAUAUUAUGUUUUCUAAAUUCACUGUUGAAGAUUAUGUUGAAAGUGCUGUUAAGCAAGCUUUGACUAUCCAUUUACAGUCCGGACCUGGUGAUAUAUUAAUCUUUAUGACAGGUCAAGAAGAUGUUGAAGUAACUUGUGAAGUUUUGGCUGAUCGACUAAAGCAGUUGGAUGACCCACCACCGUUAGAGAUUUUGCCUAUUUAUGCAUCAUUACCUGCAGAACAACAACAAAAAAUAUUCAAAAAAACAAAAUCCGGUUAUAGGAAAGUUGUUGUUGCAACCAACAUUGCAGAAACAUCAUUAACUGUUGAUGGUAUUUCUUUUGUUAUUGAUCCUGGUUAUUCAAAACUAAAGGUUUAUAAUGCAAGGAUUGGAUUAGAAAGUUUAGCAAUAACACCAAUUUCGGUUGCAAAUGCAAAUCAAAGAGCUGGUAGAGCUGGUCGUACAGGUCCUGGUAGUUGUUAUAGAUUAUACACCGAGAAGGCUGCUAGAGAAGAAAUGUAUCCACAAACUGUUCCUGAAAUUCAAAGAACCAAUUUAGCAAAUACAUUGUUGUUAUUGAAAUCUUUGGGUGUUGAUGAUUUGAUAAAAUUCCCAUUUUUGGAUCCACCACCGAAAGAAACCAUUACGGCUUCUUUAUAUGAGCUAUGGUCUAUUGGAGCUUUAGAUAAUUUUGGUAAGCUUACACCAUUAGGUAGACAAAUGGCACAAUUUCCAAUUCAACCAGCUUUAUCCAAAUUGUUAUUAAUUGCUUCACAAAAUGGGUGUUCUGAAGAAAUGGUUAUAAUUGUUUCAAUGCUAUCGGUUCCUAGUGUCUUUUAUAGACCUAAGGAAAGACAAGAAGAGUCUGAUUUAUCAAGGUCUAGAUUUUUCGUUCCAGAAUCAGACCAUUUGACAUUAUUGAACGUUUAUUCUCAGUGGAAGGCAAACAAUUUUUCAGAUUUUUGGUGUAAGAAGCAUUUCCUUCAUUCAAAGUCUUUAAAGAAAGCUAAAGAUAUAAAGGAACAAAUUGAAUUAAUUAUGAAAUCCAACAAAGUCCCUGUCACUUCAUCUGGAUAUGAAUGGGAUGUUGUCAGGAAAUGUAUUUGUUCUGGGUAUUUUUACCAGGCAGCAAAAGUUCAUGGCUUUGGGGAGUUUGUCAACUUGAGAACAGGUAUGAAGUUACAAUUACAUCCAACCUCAGCACUAUUCGGAAUGAGUGACCUGCCACAAUAUGUUGUGUAUCAUGAAUUAAUGCUAACAACCAAAGAAUAUAUAUCUACUGUUACUGCGGUUGAUCCCUUAUGGCUUGUUGAGUAUGGUGGUGUGUUUUAUUCUGUGCGGGAUAAAAAGAACAAAGACAAUGGUUUCAAGAAGAGAAAGAUUGAAGAAGAAUUAGAAAGGGAUGCUAAAAGCUAUGAAGAGGAAAAGAGCAAAGCCAAACUGAAAACAACAAAGAAGUCUAAACCUGUUGUAAAUAUUGGGGGUAAUCUGAAUAGAAGAAGGAGAGGGUUUUAGUGGAAAGAUACAUUCAAAGCUCUAAUGAAUCAUGAAUAUUACGUCAAUUCUGAAAUUUGUAGCCUUUGGAGACUUCAUAAAUAAGGCAUAUAACACGGAAU